GUACUGCCUUCAAGCUCAAGCAGACGCUUCUAACUACUCGACACUUAUCCGUUCUGAAUUCACCUGUCUCCAACACCCUUCCUUCCAUUAUCUAAAGCCUUAGACUCCGCCAUGGCUGAAGACGCAUCUGGAGCAAGCACCAAUGAACGCCUACUUGCAGCUGCACGAACCGACAACGAGGAGUUGUUGCUUGAAGUCUUCCAGCAGGAGGAUCUAGAUAUCAAUCACCAAGACGGUCUGGGGAACACAGCUCUACACAUCGCGGUAUCCCACGGAUCGACAGACGUCUUGGAACACAUACUGACACAUGAAGACUGCGACGUGGACCCUGUAAACCGACUAGACAAAGCCACUCCGCUUCAUCUUGCUGUGCAGACCGAGGAUCCCGAAAUGCGCAGAUAUCUGGUAGAAUCGCUGCUCGAAGCCGGUGCGAAUACCAAUGUCAAGGAUAAGCAUGGGGAUACGCCCAUGGCAUAUCUUCCCGAUGACGACAAGGAGGUGAAGGCCUUGAUUCGCAAAGCGCAAGCUCAGGCUAGCGUCUCGAAUGAUGAUGUGGCUAACGAUGAUGAUGAUGAACCUGGCUCUGGCUCCGGAUCCGGCUCUGACGAUGAAUGAAACAGGGAAUAAGCAAGAGUGCAGUUCGGAAUUUUGGAUGUAACGCCUAGAUGUGGAUGUACAGCUGACGUUUAUUGUCACUAAUAUCAAGGAACCACGUGGGUCGUGAUCUGCUCUACAGACUUUCUUCAUGAUUACUACCCUGUCCUGUCUUAAUGCC